ACCGAACACUUAGUCUAUUUUUUCUCACAUUGUCCUUUUGAAUUGAAAUCGGUGGAAGGUGCUUUUUUCAACACUACAGUGUUAUAGUACGUAGAAAAGCCAGUAACGUACCAUUGCCUCUUCACUGUGUGAGGUAGCAAAAGCCAAGCAUAAAGUGAUUCCAUCGUUCCACUAUCGCCUCUUCACUGUGUGAGGUAGCAAAAGCCAAGCAUAAAGUGAUUCCAUCGUUCCACUAUCGCCUCUUCACUGUGUGAGGUAGCAAAAGCCAAGCAUAAAGUGAUUCCAUCGUUCCACUAUCGCCUCUUCACUGUGUGAGGUAGCAAAAGCCAAGCAUAAAGUGAUUCCAUCGUUCCACUAUCGCCUCUUCACUGUGUGAGGUAGCAAAAGCCAAGCAUAAAGUGAUUCCAUCGUUCCACUAUCGCCUCUUCACUGUGUGAGGUAGCAAAAGCCAAGCAUAAAGUGAUUCCAUCGUUCCACUAUCGCCUCUUCACUGUGUGAGGUAGCAAAAGCCAAGCAUAAAGUGAUUCCAUCGUUCCACUAUCGCCUCUUCACUGUGUGAGGUAGCAAAAGCCAAGCAUAAAGUGAUUCCAUCGUUCCACUAUCGCCUCUUCACUGUGUGAGGUAGCAAAAGCCAAGCAUAAAGUGAUUCCAUCGUUCCACUAUCGCCACUUCCAAUAUAAAUAAUAAUAUAUUCUUUUCAUUACAUUUUCAAUUCCAUUUUCGUUCCUCUUCUUCUCAUGGCGGAGAACCACCACCACCGGAACAACCACGUGCGUCUUCCCACCACGGUGGAGGCUCUUAUAGACAGAAUCUGCCGCGAGCAGAACCAACUUCCGCCGGAUUUCAUCAUCCGCCAACGUCUCCACGAAGUCGGGGAGCAGAAAGCGCUUCAAAUUCUCCAUACCAUCGCUGGAAAGCAAAUCCGAAUCUCUCUCUCGGCUUUCAUCGCCCACAUGCUCAAAAGCUCCGUCUCCGUCACGCCCUCCCCGCCUCGAAUCCUCUCUCCCACGCGCCCUCGCGAACCGUCGUUGGCGUUGCACGCGCUCGGAGAAUUGGAGUUCCGUAAGGCCUUUCUGAUUCUGAGUUACAUUGGAAGCGAGAGUCUUGAGAAUGUUACCGAUGCUGAUUAUUUUAGAAGCCUUAAAGACUUGCCAAUGGUAACGUUUGAGAAAACAGUGUGGGAGGCUUUUGGGAAAGAUCACAUCUACUGUCAAAGUGAUCGGCAAUUGUAUCGUGAUUGGGACUCUGGUCGGACACAUGUAUAUCAAUGUUAUGUUUCUUCGGAUGGGAGCUUAAGGUUCAAGGGGCCCAUACUACAAAGCACACAAACACACUUGCAGAGAUCUCUUGGUGAUGACAAUGUUUUGCUAGUUAAAUUUGCUGACAAUGGGAGUGAGAGGAAUUCAAGGACCAGUGCUGAAGAAGCAAAUGAUCUCUAUGGAAAGUUUGGAAAAGAAGGGAUCAAUGUUGGUCUGCGUUUGUAUCGCUUUUUUGUUUUUAAAGAUGGGGGAAAAGAGGAGCGGAAGAAGGACCCAACAAGUUCCUCUGUUAAGUGUUAUUUUGUUAGGAUGCAAUCCUUUUGUUCUGCAGAUGAGAGUGCUAAUUACAUUUUGUCUAAUAAGACAGUGUCUGAAGCAAGAGCUUUAUUCAUGCAUGCUCACCUGUUACCCAGUUUAGACAAGUAUAUGGCUAGGUUCUCUCUCAUUCUGUCAAAGACCUUCAAACUCAAUAUUGACUUGGCAACUGUGAAUGUCCAAACAAUAGAAGAUGUAUUUUGCCAGGAUGGAAAUGGCAAUGUUAUAUAUGAUAAUGAAAAACUACGUAUUCUCACGGAUGGAACUGGGUUCAUCUCUAGGGAUUUAGCAUUGCUCUGCCCCAAUAGUGUGUACAAAGGAAAUAACUUGGUGAAUAAUUACAUUCAGGAAAUUAACAAUCUUGUGGAUCGGGAGGAUAUGGGUAAGGGAAUGGGAGAAAUGGAGCUGAAGCUGAGCACACAUCAACCGCCUUUGCUGAUUCAGUGCCGUCUCUUUCACAUGGGUCGCACAAUUAAGGGCACUCUUUUGGUUAACAGAAAGCUUCCUCCUAGGACAAUACAGGUUAGGCAUUCAAUGAUUAAAGUUGAGAAAGACCUUAGUCUGAAUAUGCAAAGCAUAAAUUCAUUGGAGGUAGUGAACACAAGCAUCAAGCCAAAUAGAACUUAUUUAUCUAAAAAUCUGAUUGCACUUUUGAGCUAUGGAGGAGUGCCAAAUGAAUUCUUCAAGGCUUUACUAGAGAGUAAUUUGGAAGAUGCAAAUCAUGUUUUCUCCAAUAAGCGUGUUGCACUCAGAGCUUCAAUUAAUAAUGGCACCAUGGAUGAAUACAAUGCAGCAGAAAUGAUUUUAUGUGGAAUUCCUCUGGAUGAGCCAUUUUUGCAGUAUCAUCUGUCUAUACUUGCAAGGGAGGAACGAAAGAAGCUUAGAGGAGGGAAGCUCUAUAUCCCUGACUCUUUCUAUUUAAUGGGGACUGUAGAUCCCACUGGAUGCCUGGAAAAGGAUCAAGUUUGUAUAAUACAAACUCAGGAAAUUAACAAUCUUGUGGAUCGGGAGGAUAUGGGUAAGGGAAUGGGAGAAAUGGAGCUGAAGCUGAGCACACAUCAACCGCCUUUGCUGAUUCAGUGCCGUCUCUUUCACAUGGGUCGCACAAUUAAGGGCACUCUUUUGGUUAACAGAAAGCUUCCUCCUAGGACAAUACAGGUUAGGCAUUCAAUGAUUAAAGUUGAGAAAGACCUUAGUCUGAAUAUGCAAAGCAUAAAUUCAUUGGAGGUAGUGAACACAAGCAUCAAGCCAAAUAGAACUUAUUUAUCUAAAAAUCUGAUUGCACUUUUGAGCUAUGGAGGAGUGCCAAAUGAAUUCUUCAAGGCUUUACUAGAGAGUAAUUUGGAAGAUGCAAAUCAUGUUUUCUCCAAUAAGCGUGUUGCACUCAGAGCUUCAAUUAAUAAUGGCACCAUGGAUGAAUACAAUGCAGCAGAAAUGAUUUUAUGUGGAAUUCCUCUGGAUGAGCCAUUUUUGCAGUAUCAUCUGUCUAUACUUGCAAGGGAGGAACGAAAGAAGCUUAGAGGAGGGAAGCUCUAUAUCCCUGACUCUUUCUAUUUAAUGGGGACUGUAGAUCCCACUGGAUGCCUGGAAAAGGAUCAAGUUUGUAUAAUACAUGAGAAUGACCAAAUUACCGGGGAUGUGUUGGUCUACAGAAAUCCAGGUUUACAUUUUGGCGACAUUCACAUAAUGCGUGCCACACAUGUGGAUAAGUUAGAAUCUUUUGUUGGACAUAGCAAGUAUGCAAUUUUUUUCCCGUGUGUUGGAACUCGCUCAGUGGCAGAUGAAAUUGCUGGAGGUGAUUUUGAUGGAGAUUUGUACUGGGUUUCCAAACAUCCUCAGCUUUUACAAUAUUUCAGAAAGAGUGACCCUUGGAUGGAAAAUUCUGCCCCUUGCCAAUCUGUCCAAUUGGACUCCAGUGCUAAAAAGCCUAGUACAUUUUCAGCCACGGAACUUGAGGAUGAACUUUUUAGACUAUUCCUCAAAACUCGUUUCCAACCAAGUAAUGCAAUGGGUGUGGCAGCUGACAGCNUUGAUCAGCUUUUACAAUAUUUCAGAAAGAGUGACCCUUGGAUGGAAAAUUCUGCCCCUUGCCAAUCUGUCCAAUUGGACUCCAGUGCUAAAAAGCCUAGUACAUUUUCAGCCACGGAACUUGAGGAUGAACUUUUUAGACUAUUCCUCAAAACUCGUUUCCAACCAAGUAAUGCAAUGGGUGUGGCAGCUGACAGCUGGAUGGCACUCAUGGAUCGUCUGUUGACAUUAAAAAAUUACUGCAGUGAAGAGAAUGAGAAGGAGAAGGAGAAAGAAAAUCUGAAAGAAAAUAUACUUAAGUUGAUCGAUAUAUACUACGAGGCAUUAGAUGCUCCUAAGAAGGGAGGGAGAAAGGUACAAGUUCCAGAUGAUUUAAAAGCAGAGAUUUUCCCACACUACAUGGAAAGAGAUAAAUCAUUCACUUCAACCUCUAUUUUAGGUUUAAUUUAUGAUUGGGUUGGUACAUGGCAAACAAAAGACUUAUCUGAGGAAGAAAUUAGAUUGCUCCCCUGUUUUGACGUUGAAGUACCUCCUAGCUGUAUGGAAAAGUGGAACACAAAGUAUAAAGAAUACAGGACGGAAAUGCAUAUUGCCUUGAAUGACAUUAACUCCAACGACGAGGCAGCUAAAGUCAUUAGAAAAUAUAAGGAGGAGUUAUAUGGUGCUACUGCCAUGAUGGAGGAUAGUCCGAAGAAUAUUAGUGAUAUUUAUGACGAGGCUUUGGCUAUUUACCGCUUCUGUUACGAAUAUGCAAUGCUUACAAAUUCAGUAUCUAAAUGUGGCUUUGCUUGGAAGAUUGCGGGUUCAGCUUUGACAAGUCUUUAUAUCAUAAAACAAAAACAGAAGCCUCUGAACUGUGCUCCAUAUGUAUUGCGUGAGAUUUUCAGUUCAUGAAUUAUGCUGCAAACUUCUAUAGUUCAUCAUAAAAGUAUCACUGUUUUAUAGAUUUGAUAUUUCGUUGAUAAGUAUGACUGAUAAAAUUGAAGUAUCGGUAUAUUAUAACUGUUUUUGUAUAGUAUGUUCCAACUUCC